AUGCAGUACCUGACUCUCGCCGCUCUCUUCGCCGCCGUCCUGGCCGCCCCCUCCGCCAUCCAGCAGCGCCAGACCUACGAGGCCUGCAGCGGUCUCUACAGCACGGCCCAGUGCUGCGCAACCGAUGUGGCCGGCGUCGCGGACCUCGACUGCCAGAACCCUCCCGAGACUCUGGUCAACGCCACCCAGUUCCAGGACGUGUGCGCCUCGGUCGGCCAGCGCGCCCGCUGCUGUGUCCUGCCCGUCGGCGGCAUUGUCGAUGUCCUCUGCGAGACCCCCACUGGCGUCACCGACUAA